AUGGCAAGCAUUCUAGCAUAUCAGAGUUCAGAGAUCGACUGGUGCGAGAGCAACUUCCAACACUCAGAAGUGGUGGCCGAGUUCUAUAACACGAUCAGUAAUGCCACGUUCUUCAUCUUUGGGCCACUCAUGAUGUACCUCCUGCAUCCAUAUGCCCAGAAGCGUUCCCUGUACGUGCACUGUGUCUGGAUGCUCUUCAUGGUAGUAGGCGUCUUCUCUGUGUACUUCCACAUGACACUCAGUUUCCUGGGGCAGCUUCUAGAUGAAAUCGCCAUCCUCUGGCUGUUAGCAGCCGGCUACAGCAUUUGGCUUCCACGAAGUUAUUUCCCUGCGUUUUUGAAGGAGGACAGGUCCCGCUUUACCCGAGUGGUUCUGAUCACCACAGUGGUGAGCACCUUCCUCUCCUUCAUCCGGCCUACGGUCAACGCUUACGUGCUGAAUGGCAUCGCCCUGCACAUCCUCUACAUUGUCGCCCUGGAAUACAGAAAGACUAGCAGCGCUGAACUGAAGAGGCUGGCGUUGGUAUCUGUGGCCUGGUGGUUCUUGGCUGUGGUCAGCUGGCUGAGUGAUCGGCUACUGUGUGCCUUCUGGCAAAGGAUCAGCUUCUUUUACCUUCACAGCAUCUGGCACGUGCUCAUCAGCAUCACCUUCCCUCACAGCGUUGCCCUGAUGGCUUGUGUCGACGCCCACUACGAGAUGCCCCAGUUCGUUUCGGAAAUCCACUACUGGCCCAAGAACUCCUGGCCUGUUGGGUUGCCCUAUGUGGUAGUCAGAGACAGCAAGGAACCGGAGAAGAACUGCUAAAAGGGGAAGUUCACUCCAAACUGCUGGUUGGUAUUUGGGUUAGUGUGCUCACCCAAAGGCAAAGAGUCUCCGCCGACCCUAACGUUCCUCACAUGAACGCAGUCUUGCCCUAGUGCUUCAAGCAUUGCUAAAGGGCAAGCAGAAGGAUGCAGGAAGCAGCCCUGCACUGCUCCUGAAGCUGAAGACAAGACAUUGGCUGAGUUUCAAGUUUGCACUCACGUCCU